GACUCCAUUUUCCAGUCCCAAAGUCUCCAAGGAAGGAGCCGUGGGAGCGCACCGCCAAGAUGGACUAGCAGCGCGCCAGCCUUUUCUUUCCUCAGCGUCGCCCUUCCGUCUCGGGCGGCCGAAGCCGGAGCGCUCGCCCGUCCUCCCGCCGCCGGGGCUCGCUCCCUCGCCCGCCCGCCAGCCAGCCCCGAUCGCUUCCCUCGAUCGCUCGCUCGCGGCUCGGCGUGGACGCGCGGGAGAGUGGGGGUGUGUGUGUGUGGGAUCCCUUCGCCGAGCAUGGAUGAUCCAGGCAGGCUGAUCCAAGCGCGGGGGGCGGUGGGGAUCGCGGGGCACCCCCCGGUCCAGGGGGUCCAAGCCAUGACCCCCCACGCUCUCCACGAGCCCCCUUCGGAUAACGGAGAGCCCCGGAAGCAAGAUAUCGGCGACAUCCUCCAGCAGAUCAUGACCAUCACGGAUCAAAGCUUGGACGAAGCGCAAGCGAAUUUCAACUGCAGGAAACACACGCUGAAUUGUCACCGCAUGAAACCGGCUCUCUUCACCGUUCUCUGCGAAAUCAAAGAAAAAACAGGGCUGAGCAUCCGGAGUUCGCAAGAGGAAGAGCCAGUCGACCCACAGCUGAUGCGCCUGGAUAAUAUGCUCCUGGCCGAGGGAGUGGCCGGACCUGAAAAAGGGGGCGGUUCUGCAGCGGCGGCAGCAGCGGCGGCGGCGGCAGGAGGGGUAUCCCCUGACAACUCAAUAGAGCAUUCGGAUUACCGCAACAAGCUUUCGCAAAUCCGCCAGAUCUACCACUCGGAGCUGGAGAAGUACGAGCAGGCUUGCAAUGAGUUCACAACCCACGUGAUGAAUUUGCUUCGAGAGCAAAGCCGCACACGCCCGGUGUCGCCUAAGGAGAUUGAGCGCAUGGUCAGCAUCAUCCACCGGAAGUUCAGCUCUAUCCAGAUGCAGCUGAAGCAGAGCACGUGUGAAGCGGUCAUGAUCCUGCGUUCCCGCUUCCUGGAUGCCAGGCGGAAGCGACGCAAUUUCAGCAAGCAAGCCACCGAGGUCCUGAACGAAUAUUUCUACUCGCACCUGAGCAACCCGUAUCCCAGCGAGGAGGCCAAGGAGGAGCUUGCCAAGAAGUGCGGCAUCACCGUCUCGCAGGUCUCAAACUGGUUCGGGAACAAGCGCAUCCGUUAUAAGAAGAACAUCGGCAAGUUCCAAGAGGAAGCCAAUAUUUACGCCGUGAAAACGGCGGUCAGCGCCGCACAGAGUGGGGGCGACUCUCCCAACACCCCCUCCUCCGCGGGUAACUCCCCUCCUCCCCAAAACUCCGCUACACCCCAUGUUGGUGCAGGAGUCCUUGCUGGGAUUGGAGAAGCAUGGAACUGCCACCCACAUCCCACUCCAACCAAUGGUGGAGCUCCUGAGGAGAACCUCCAUCCCCAGCUCUUCCACCCCCUUCCAAACAAGCGGUCAUCCUUACCGAGGGCAGACCUAGAUGCUUGCUUCUUUCUCUUCUUUCCUUCCUUUCUUCCUUCUCCCCAGCCCCCUCCCCCAGGCCAAUGUCAUGGUCUGUGGGAAUGAAGAGCCCCAGACUAGACCCCAGUCAGAUAAGACCACAGCUGGAAUGUGGGCCUUCCCUGGUUUCUUGGAUGGUAAAAGUGAAGGGGGAGAGGAGAAGAUGUGCCUUCAGAUUUGCAAGAUUUAUUUACUUAUUGAUUUUAUUUUUCCAAAUUUAUUGGCCGCCCAACUUACCACAGAGUAAGGUGGGGAUCCUGUUAUAGUUCUGUUACUAUAACCUUACACAAAAGAUAAGAGCUUAGUAUUCCCGGGUGCGCUUGGGGCUCUUGGCAUGCACCUCCACUUAACGUAACUUCUCAGCAGCCUUAAUCUUUUCUUUCCUCGAAAGAGCGGUGUCUUUCCACCCGUUCACUCUGUUGCUCUUUUUUUUUUUUUCCUCCCCUCUUCCCUCCGAUUUUCUCACAGGCUCCGGGGGCUCCUUCAAUCUUUCCAGUUCGGGGGAUAUGUUCAUGGGCCUUCAAGGGCUAAAUGGAGACUCCUAUUCUACAUC